UGAAAGUCACAAUUGAGCGGCGAAAAAAUUAUCGAAAACAGUCACGUGGAUGGUAGAGCUUACCAACUAUUGAUCACAGUAAAAAUUAAAAAGUAGUGAAUUGUCUAAUCAUGAAUCGAAAUUUGAAAUCGAUAAAGAAUAUUACCAUUUCUUAGAAAUAGCGACUUGGAACUUAUGUGAACGGUGAAAAGGAUUGUACAAUAGUAUGAAAAUAAGUAGUCAAUGAGGUUGGUAAGACUGCCAGAACAUGUUGACAGCAGCAGAGAUACAAAAGGCGCAAGGCGUUUGUAAAGUACGUGUUGGUCUGGUGUUGGUUGGACGGUGUUAGGUGUCGAAAACUAGAGGAAUUGACACGGGUUUAUAGGUACUUUCGGUGAAAUGAUGUGGAAAUUAUGAAGAUGAAGCAGCAAGAAUAUGUACGUUACGUCAGUCACGAUGGCACUCUCAAGUGCAUGCCACCUAAUGUUGACUAUUACAAUUACAGCAAGCAUCGGCCAUAUUGGCUGGCUUUCAUUGGCAUCUUCUUUAGCCGUCGGGUUCUUUUAACUGCUCUAAAAUUUGGCUUAGCUGCCUGUAUUAUGAAUCGCUAUGAACGUCUUGGAUUUAUUAUAAUGAUGCUGUGCUUGGCUUUUUAGUUUUUAUUUCAAACACAGUUUAGUUGCAGGCCACAAGAUAUGAAAUAAUUGAUAUUUUGUUAUAUUGUAUUAUCAUGUUGAAAUUAGCCUCAAGAAUUUUAUUACCCUUCCACCAAAGACCCUACAUUUACUAUAAAGUAUGGAGUAGAACUGAAAACCCUAGAAGUCAUUGCCUUCAAAGCACAGUAGCAAAUAAUUGUUUGUGCAAAGUACCAUCUAUUAAAAAUGGCAGUUUUAUGUCACAUAAUACAUUUGCUGCUAAAGUGUUUUUCCACACAUCAAAUCCCAAAAAUGCUCUCCCUCCUGUCUUGGUUAUUUUGUUACGGCCAUUGACAAAAUUCUUGGCAAUUGCAUUUGGUCGCAGUAUUAGGAUGUGGUGGAAACGGUUGCCUUUAGUGCAAAGGGAAACGUACAUGAGAACACUGAAACAGAGAAAACUUUUAUAUUUGGCAUUGCUGACCCCUGUUCCUGCUGGAGCUGUGUAUUUUUAUAUUGCUCACAUAGAAGAAACUCCUAUUACUAAAAGAAAGCGGUUUAUUGCAUUUUCUAAUGAACAAGUGUUGCAACUGGCAGAAAUAGAACAAAAAGUUAUAACUGAUGAACAUGAAAGAUCUAUAUUACCUGCUGCCCAUCCAGCUUAUUGCCGUGUGUUGAGAGUUGUUUCUCGUUUGCUUGAUAGCAACAAGGAUGUUGAAGGCAUUAAUGAACAUCUUUGGCGUAUUAUUGUUGUUGAUGAUAAAGAUAUUGCUAAUGCCUUUGUUCUUCCAAAUGGCACCAUUUUCAUAUAUACAGGCAUGUUAGAAAUGUGUACAAAUGAUAAUCAACUGAGCAUUGUGUUAGCCCAUGAAAUGUCUCAUACUAUUCUUGGACACACGGCAGAACGCAUGAGCCAUGCUCAAUUGGUUGAGUGUUUACUUUUUGUUCCUGUUGUGAUUAUUUGGGCAAUCCUUCCUGAUUUGGGUGCUAUGCUUACACAAUGGUUUUCUGGUGUAUUGACCAAAAUGUUACUCCAUCUUCCAUUCAGUCGACAGGCAGAAAUGGAGGCAGAUGAUGUGGGACUCACAUUGGCUGCUAAGGCAAGUUUUCAUGACAUAUUAGAGUUAAGAGGGUUGAAGAAAAUCAAGGCAUGUUUUGACAUUCGUGAAGCACCAUGUUUUUGGAAGAAAAUGAAGGCAAUGACAUCAGAUGGUCUAGACGAUUUAGAAUGGUUGUCCACCCAUCCAAGCUAUGACACUCGUCAGAUAGUGUUAAAUGAACUUAUCCCUUCUGCUUUACAACUACGAGAGACCUGUCAGUGCCCAAAAUUGUCUUCACAAGAUCCAAGACACUCGAUUGACACAGUGAUUCAGAUGAUCACUCAAAACAGAAGGAUUAAGAAACAAGAGCCAUUGAAAGCCUAGACAAAUAAACACAUUGACAGUAUUAAAGUGAGAUUGUAUGUUUGCUAUAUGUCAUGUUUGUAGUUUGCCAGAUCUGUGAUAAGUACUUAAAUUUCAUAAGAUUGAAGUUGCAGUGAAACUCCUUUUUAAUUAAUUAUUAGAUCUUAUUUUACUUUCACGACUUGUUUAACUUAUAAAUAUAUAUAUAAUGCUAGUCUUUUGCUAAAUGUUAUGAAAGUAUAUCAGAAGAGGUUUGGAAGAAUUUUCUUGGAAAGAAUAUUGAAAAUGUGAGUGAAAGGUUUGGAUGUCAGUGUUAAGUGGUAUUUAAGAAUUAUCGCCAGAACUGCUUUUACCGCUAAUUAUUUAUUUGCUUGUAAAACAUACUAUGUGGAAGCAGUGAAAAGAACCCUUCAUGUAGGUUAGUUAAUGUUUUCUAGUUACAGAACAUACUCAAACGUUUUCUUCUAAAAAAUGAUGAACGAAUACUUCUAAAGAUUCACAAAUUGUAAAAUAUCAAUUAGUAUUUCGUUGUACUAUAUUUAUGUAAGAAGUUAGUUCCACUAUAUCAGCAUGUCAUUCCAAGUUUGAUUUUGGAAAUAAUUGCUUUGAAAUAGCUAUUAUACUUCAUAUAAUGAUGUUGGGAAGGCAAUAUUAACCCAUUGUUUAUGGAUGACAGAUGUGCAAGUGUAUAUUCAGGUGGUGCUAAUUGAAGUAUGAAUGUGUUUGUGUGACACUUGCUAAAAAAGGCAGAAAGCAAGAUCAAGAUAGUAAUAUAAUUUAAAUAAAUGCAGUUCGUGAAUCAUUGAAGUCAUUGCAACCUCGUAUAAGACUGUCUUCUCAUUUGUAAGGUAUCUCAGGUUUGUAUUUAAUUGGCUGUCCAGGUGAUGCCGCAUCCAUGGCAAAGGUGCUGAUGCUUCGGUGGCCAUUAGCCAAUUAAAUACUGACUCCGGCUGUGGAAGCCUAUGCUCUCAGUAUCUCAGGUUACCUUUCUCCAUGAGUUAUAUAUAUUUAUUAUAACAGAGUAAAUUAUAAUAUAAAUUUUAAAAACUGAAACUGAGAAAUUGAACAAGGGGGCAUUUGACACGUACUGAAGGAAGAAAGAAAAAGAGAGAGAAAAGUGAAAAUGAAGUAAUUGUAAGGACUUCUUCGCAAAGUUGGAAUAUCAUUGAUAAAAGCAGUUGUAAUAUUAAACUAAAGGCAUGAAGGUUGAUAUCAUGGUUGAUCGAUUAUUGUGUUGCAAAUAUGAGCACAUUUUUCCAAAUUAAAAAUGGGGAAAAAUUAUAAAUGGCUUCAUGACAGAAUGAGGAAUAAGACACUGUUGUAAAUAGUUAAUUGAAAUAAACUUUCUUAUUCACAAUUGUGCAGAAAAUAUGCAUGACCAAUUGUUUGAAAAAAAAUCUUAUAUUAAAUUUCAAAAUAUAUUUUUUUUGAUCUAAUGCCCAGGUCAAUUUCAUUCUUUUAAAAAAUCACUCGCUGGAUAGCUAUCAUUCAUAUACUUCUGGGUUAAUUGAAUUUUUUUAAAAUUUUCCCUUCAAGAUAUUUUUUGUAAACUAAUAGGAAACAUGAUUGAAUUUGCAAGUUAUUAACUUCUCUUUAGUGCCAAAUAUGUACAGAAAAGAGAUAACAAACCACUAAACUAAGAUAACGAAAUGGAGGCAAAACUAAAUUUUUGUUCGCGUCCUUAUUGGUCACACUUGGCAAACUUGGAGUAACUCCACCUUUACAUGUCUCUGGCAGGUUAUUGCCAAAACAGAUCACUCUACUCUUCAAUCUUUUUCUAAUAGAUUAAAAUUUUGAUGAAAAUAAAAACCGUAAGGAACAACACAGUUAAAAAGGUGUUUCACUGUACUUGUGUGAGAUUUAUUUGUAGGACCUUUAUUCUGAAUAGAAAAUGUUUUCACUCAGCUUUUAUAUGAAUUAUGAAAUUGAGUUUCAUGAUAUUUAAAGAAUUUGACAAAGAAUGAUUUAUGAUUUGUCUGAAAGUUAACAUGACAGAACCAAUCUAAUUUUUCAUUAAUUUUUGAAUAAAUAUUUAUAAGAAUGAAAUUACU